AUGCCACCCAAAAAUUCAUCGAAAUGUGUUGUGAAUCAUUGUAAAUCAAAAGAUGUUGUUUGUCACCGAUUUCCGAAUCCAAAAACGGAAUUGCAAAGAUUGGUACAGUGGAUGAAUAUAAUAGGCUUGAAGAACAUUGAUCCAGAAUCCGUCUAUAAGAAAAAAUUUAUUUGUGAGAAACAUUUUACGAGUGAUUGCUCAAGUCCUGGCACAAAAAGGCUUAAUGCUAAUGCCUACCCUUCAACCAAUUUGACAAAUUUAAAUGUCGAACUGCCUAUUUACUCUCCACCAUCAACGGUAAAUGUGUCUUCUGCCUCAGAAAUUGUAGGAGAUUCUUGUGAACGAUCUGUCCAAUCUCAACUUGUUGAUUCCGGUGUAUCUGGAAUACAUCUACGUAUUAGACACUUCAUUCAUCAACAUUGA